AUGGUCACUCUGCUAAACGGGGGGUUUCUCUUUCUUGGCGUGAAGGGGCAGUUGUUUCUGCUAGAGAAGGGCACACACCAGGAAGCGCAAAUCGUAUAUGGAGGCGAGGUUUCCGCCUUUGCGUGUCGAGAGGAUGAGAACAUAAUGGCUUUGGCGUUCCCACCGUCACCUGGCGAGGAGCUAUGUAUCGUGCGGUUGUACGUUUUUGCAUGUAAUGAGCUUGGUGAGGCCUUGGGCGAGGUGAUGCAUGCGCAAGUGACACAGGUGCUUUGGGUGGGCCUGAAGCAUCUUGUUGUCUGCGGCCCUGCAGGGUGUACAAUAUACGUGUGGGACGGUGAAAAGCUUAAGUUUUUUGUCUCUGAUCCUGCUACCAGUUCUUUCAUGCAGGGGACUCGUCUGGGUCUCUUUUACGGGGCGACUCAAAACGUGCAGUACUGGAAUUUGGAUACGAAUCGAAUGAUGGACGCUGUCAAGUUAUCUUUGCAGGGUCGUCGCUUGAUCACUGCUGUGGGUGUAGGAUACUUUGGGUUUGCGCUUUACGACGACGGGUCUGUGCAGGUGUUUUACGUGACGAAGAGCAACAUCAAGAAAAUUGGCUUCUUUAGUCGCCUUCUCCUCGUUACCGAGGAGAACCUGGCGAAGGGUAGUGCGGCAUCGCCUCUCCUGGCGUGCGCCCUUUCGUCUCGCAAAGUGCUCAUAGGCUUGUAUGGCACUGACACCGUACACAAGCUGGAGUACCGGAACGAAAAGGUGGUAGUGGACAGCAUGCAGGAGAAUCUUCCGCCCCCCUACGUGCUCAUGGCUAUCUCACGUGAUGGUCGGCGUUGUCUGGCACGCAACACGGAAACCAAUAAGUGCCAUGCCUUAGUACUGAAUUUUUGUGGGCCGAGGGAGACGCCCGCGGAAGAGAGGGAUAAACAUAAAUUCCACGUGGCCUCCGAGAGGAUUGGAAGCAACGGCACCGCAACACUGGCAGCUGUGAGGGACAAGCGCCAUGUUGCAUCAUCUGCUGGCGAGGGUGCCCCCGUGUCGUCCGCGAGGUCGAGGGAGGCGGGAACGCAGCGGUCAAAGAAGGAUGACAGCACCGAGAGGAGUGAAGACCCCCAAAAGGGCAUUGCUGAUGGGGUGACACUGACGGCUGCUGGAUUUGCUGCGCUGGCGCUGGCGGUGGUCGUGCUGGUGCAGCGCGUCCUUUCUCCACAGCGGUAG